AUGACGGUGAAAACAAACAAGACAAACAAGCUUGAUAAGGCGAACCCAAUUUAUCACGCAAAGGCGCGGCUUGAUUGCCUGCUUGGUGCAAAUAUUCGACAGCUUUUUAUCUCGCUGCUCUUGAGCAAGCCGUGGGCAUCAGGACUCUUCAGGAAGAGCAGGAGAAGCCAUGGAUUGUAUCGCCAUGGCGGAGCAUGCUGCACAUUCACAACGAGGGGAGGGCUGCUGAAAGAGAAACCUGGUGACCCUGUUAAGCAGACUGCGCAGCUUGGUAACGGAGUAACAUUGUCUAAUACCGACAAAGUGCGGAGUACUGGAGAGAAGGAUGUCGCGGGCUUAAAACCAGGAAACAAGAAACCGGGAGCUUUGCUCUCGGAGGCUACUGUCACGUCGAAGGAACAGAGAAAAGUGGACUGGGCUAUCAUGAAAGAGAUGGCGAAAUAUCUUUGGCCAAAGGAUGACUGGAACACAAAACUUCGAGUCGGGAUAGCUUUAUCUCUGCUUAUAGGCGGAAAGAUUCUCAAUGUUCAAGUCCCUUUUUAUUUUAAAAGCAUAGUCGACUCUAUGAAUGUUGAUUUUGCCGCUAUAGGCGGAACCGCCUGGACAGUUGGGGGAUCCAUGAUUAUAGCAUAUGGCGUAACAAGAAUCGGAGCAACUUUGUUUCAAGAGUUGAGAAACGCUGUGUUUGCUAGCGUUGCUCAAAAGGCGAUCCGUAAGGUUGCUCGAAAUGUUUUUGACCACCUUCUCAGACUCGACCUGAAUUUUCAUUUGAGUCGCCAAACAGGAGGACUUACUCGCGCCAUCGACAGAGGAACGAAAGGCAUCAGCUUUUUGUUGACGUCCAUGGUCUUUCAUGUUUUCCCAACAGCAUUAGAAAUCUCAAUGGUUUGCGGAAUUUUGACGUAUCAAUACGGCGCUAAGUUUGCUGCAAUCACUGCUGCAACCAUGCUAGCCUAUACUGCUUUUACCAUUACUACCACAGCCUGGCGAACAAAGUUUCGAAAACAGGCAAAUGCAGCCGAUAACCAGGGGGCAACAGUAGCAGUCGAUUCCCUGAUUAACUACGAGGCUGUCAAAUAUUUCAAUAAUGAACAGUUUGAAGUUUCACGAUAUGACCAGGCGUUGAAGAAGUACGAAGCUGCUUCAAUCAAAGUCACAACUUCACUAGCGUUUUUAAAUUCCGGCCAAAACAUGAUCUUCUCGAGUGCACUGGCUGCCAUGAUGUACCUGGCGUCCGAUGGUGUGGCUACCGGCCAGUUAACAGUUGGCGAUCUUGUGAUGGUUAACCAACUGGUAUUCCAACUCUCGAUGCCACUCAACUUCCUAGGUUCUGUGUACCGGGAACUCAGACAGUCCUUAAUGGACAUGGAGACUCUUUUCAACUUGCAAAAGGUUAACAUCAACAUUAAGGAAGCACCCAAUGCGAAACCCUUACAGCUUAGGCAAGGCGGCGAAAUCCGAUUCGAGAAUGUUACUUUUGGUUAUCUACCAGACAGGCCAAUCUUGAAAAACGUAUCCUUCACCAUUCCAGCUGGCAAAAAAAUCGCCAUUGUCGGGCCAAGUGGGUGUGGAAAAUCAACAAUACUUCGACUCCUUUUCCGAUUUUAUGACGUGCAUGAGGGUCGUAUAUUGAUCGAUGGCCAAGAUAUUCGUGGCCUGACUGUGUCCAGCCUGAGAAAGGCGAUUGGAGUUGUGCCACAAGACACCCCUCUGUUUAAUAACACAAUCGAACAUAAUAUCCGCUACGGGAAAAUCGAUGCUACUACUGAGGAGGUGAAGCAGGCCGCACAACGAGCCCAUAUCCAUGACCUGAUCGAGCGAUUACCUGCCGGAUACGACACACCUGUUGGAGAGCGGGGGAUGAUGAUAUCAGGUGGUGAAAAACAGAGGCUUGCGGUCUCCCGAUUGAUUUUAAAAGACCCGCCCUUACUUUUCUUCGAUGAAGCGACCUCUGCUCUCGACACGUAUACCGAGCAGGCUCUACUUCAAAACAUCAACAGCAUUCUAAAGGACAAGGCUCGAACAAGUGUGUUUGUGGCUCAUCGACUUCGUACAAUCUAUGACAGCGACCAGAUUAUUGUUCUAAAAGAUGGCCAUGUGGUAGAAAGUGGUACCCAUAUUGAACUCCUCGAUUUAGGCGGCGUGUAUGCAGAGCUAUGGAAUACCCAAGAGACCGACAUUGCCGCCAUAUAA